AUGUCCAUCCUCGAAUCCGAAUGUAGGAUUAUCUACAUUUGCAGAAACCCUUUGGAUAUGUUCAUCUCAUAUCGCCAUUUUUCGCUUGAAAACAAGUUCGUAAAAGAUGCAAACCCACUCGAGUUGGACGAGGCUUUCGACAUGUUUUGCACGGGAAUUCAUAUUAAGGGGCCCUUUUGGGACAAUGUGCUUGGAUUCUGGAAUGCCCAUUUGGAGAAUCCUCGUAAAGUGUUGUUUCUAAAGUAUGAGGAUUUGAAAGAGGAUGUUGGUUUCAACGUGAAGAAAAUUGCCGAGUUUCUUGAGUGCCCUUUCACCCAUUGCUUUAAUCCAAACAUGUCCCCUUGCUGCCUCUUCAAAGCUUUGUGGCUCGGCCUGAUUCCCUUUGAGGAGUGCUUGGUGAAACUGGAGUUGCAUUUUCUUGUGAAUUUUGCGGAGAAGAAUCAGCACAUCGAGUUGAUAAUGGUUCCACGAUACCAGAAUUUUCAGCUGGUUGUUGAAUUGAUUCAACAUUCCACUCCCAGCUGGUAUAUGGGCAUAGGCGAUGCUGCCAAAAAUUCUCAAGUUUAUCGGAGUGCGGUUUUGAACGGUUUUUGUCGGAGACCUGUUCAAGAUAUAAACGGCAGUGUUGACCGCCUCAGCCUAUAA